CUAGUCCUGAGGCACGUGACGUUCGCUUCGGGCCGAUCCGCUGCAGCAUCCGCGGUGCUGGGCGUGGGGCGAGGGGGUGGGAAGUGGCGCCGGCGCCGGCCGCGAAGCACGAGACCAUGGAACCAAAAUGGUGGUUAUUUAUGGUUUUGCUGCUCCUUGGAACAGUGGUUCAGGCACAUGAUGGACACGAUGAUGAGGAUGAGGAUGAUGAUGACGAUGAUGUGAUUGAUGUAGAAGAAGAUCUGGAAGAUGGCAUUGAGGAAGUAGAAGACUCAAAGCCAGGAGAUGGUGCCUCUCUUCCACCUCCAUCACCAAAGGUUACCUACAAAGCCCCAGUUCCAAAAGGGGAUGUUUACUUUGUUGAUGCCUUCGACAAGGGAAUGCUGGUCGGAUGGGUUUUAUCCAAAGCCAAGAAGGAUGAUACUGAUGAUGAGAUUGCCAAAUACGAUGGUAAAUGGGAAGUGGAAGAAAUGAAAGAAUCUAAACUUCCAGGCGAUAAAGGGCUUGUGUUGCUGUCACGGGCCAAACAUCAUGCCAUCUCCGUGAGGCUGAACAAGCCUUUUAUAUUUGACACUAAGCCCCUCAUCGUACAGUAUGAGGUAAAUUUUCAAAAUGGAAUAGAAUGUGGUGGUGCCUAUGUGAAAUUGCUUUCAAGAACCCCAGAAUUGAAUCUGGAUCAGUUCCAUGACAAGACCCCUUACACGAUUAUGUUUGGUCCUGAUAAAUGUGGAGAGGAUUAUAAACUGCACUUCAUCUUCCGGCAUAAAAAUCCAAAGACAGGCAUCUUUGAAGAGAAACAUGCUAAGAGACCAGACACAGAUCUAAAGGCCUACUUUACUGAUAAGAAAACACAUCUGUAUACAUUAGUCUUGAAUCCAGAUAAUAGCUUUGAAAUAUUAGUUGAUCAAACAGUUGUGAAUAGCGGGAACCUACUGAAUGAUAUGACUCCUCCUGUGAAUCCUCCCCGGGAAAUCGAGGACCCAAAUGACCAGAAACCCGAGGACUGGGAUGAAAGGCCCAAGAUACCAGAUCCUGAUGCUGUCAAACCAGAUGACUGGGAUGAGUCUGCUCCUGCUAAGAUUCCAGAUGAGGAUGCUACAAAACCUGAAGGCUGGUUGGAUGAUGAGCCUGAAUAUGUAUCUGACCCAGAUGCAGAGAAACCAGAGGACUGGGAUGAAGAUAUGGAUGGAGAGUGGGAAGCUCCCCAAAUUGCAAACCCAAAAUGUGAGUCAGCCCCUGGUUGUGGUGUCUGGCAAAGACCUACCAUCGACAAUCCCAAUUACAAAGGCAAAUGGAAAGCUCCUAUGAUUGACAAUCCUAACUACCAGGGAAUCUGGAAACCCAGGAAGAUUCCAAAUCCAGAUUUCUUUGAAGAUCUAGAACCUUUCAAAAUGACACCUUUCAGUGCUGUGGGUCUGGAACUGUGGUCCAUGACCUCUGACAUCUUUUUUGACAACUUUAUUAUUUGCGCAGACCGAGGAGUUGCAGAUGAUUGGGCCAAUGAUGGGUGGGGUCUGAAGAAAGCUGCUGAUGGGGCUGCAGAGCCUGGUGUCAUGGGACAAAUGCUUGAAGCAGCUGAGGAACGUCCAUGGCUUUGGGUGGUUUAUAUUCUCACUGUGGCACUGCCAUUGUUCCUUGUGAUCCUCUUCUGCUGUUCUGGAAAGAAACAGCCCAGUGCUGCAGAGUAUAAGAAGACUGAUGCUCCUCAACCUGAUGUAAAAGAAGAGGAAGAGGAGAAAGAAGAGGAAAAGGAGAAGAGAGAUGAAGAAGAAACUGAAGAGAAAAUUGAAGAGAAGCAAAAAAGUGAUGCUGAAGAAGAUGCAGGUACUGUAAGUCAAGAGGAUGAAGAUAGAAAACCUAAAGCAGAGGAAGAUGAAGUUUUGAACAGAUCACCCAGAAACAGAAAGCCACGAAGAGAUUGAAAGAAUUUAAGAACUUGAUCUGUGAUUCCCUUUUUCCCCUUAUCCUCGAUGUGAUCCUAGGAGAGGACCUGGGAUACACCUUAUAUGUUGAAACCCAGAAAAACCUCAAGACUUCACUAUCAACAGAUUCCAGUCAAAUACUAUCCAAUGAAAUUUUGAGCAUCUAGCAGUAAUUAAUUGCAAUUGUGAUAAAAAACCAAACAAACAAACCCACCAUUCCUGUAGAAAGAAAGCAUUUAUUGUAUGGGCUAUGGAUUCUGGAUGUGUAACAUGAAGCAACUAACCUGUUGGGGUUUUUUUUGUUUUUUUUGUUUUUUUGGUUUUUUUUUGGUUUUUUGGUUUUUGGUUUUAAAACACUUUAAAAAAUUAGAAUGUUAGAAUAUUGCCAAUCUUCAAGAACCUUGGCUUAAUUUAAUGUAUUAAUCUAUUCAUGGAAAAAUAACAGCAAAGUUUAGGAAAUAUGCUAGGUGAUGAAAUGCAGUUUUUAUAACGUAGGGUUUUUUUUUUAUAAACUUCGAUAUUCUAAAACAUUGAAGUGUCUAUGUCCCUUAAAAUUGAUAAUCAUGUUUAAAGUGAAGUCAUUUGUGUGGAUAACAUUGAUUACUCUCUCCCACUCUUUCAUUCUACAUCUUCUGGAGAUUUGAGAUUGGGGGAGAAUUCCAAACCAUAAUAGAUGCUGUUUUGAUUAAGCUGUAUUAAAAACAGAGCUACAAAAAAGGCCCUUCUUUUUCCACUCUGUUGGAAAGGAGCAUGAUUAGGCCACAAUAUGUGUGUGUUGUGUUGCCUUUGGUUACUGCUAAGUUCCCAAUGUUCCAUAGUUGGCACCAAGAAUAAAUAGGUGGGAAGACUUCCCAUUGGUACUUAGGCAUUCAGGCUUCCCAGGCUGGUUGUCUGGGCUCAAACCUUAUGUGAUUUCUCUAGACUGAGCACUACUCAUUGGGGCUGUCAGGGGGUGUGUGUGUGUUAUGUGUGGGGUUUUAAUAAUUUCUUUAUCCAUUCUGUUGAUAGUUUACCCCAUCCCAGGCUUUUCCCUGCUGCUAUGCAGUUUCUUCAGAGUGCAGCUUGCCCUCCGUUGCUGGAAAUGAUUUUAUGCUCAGCACAGUGUUAAACUCGAGUGGUUUAUAUAUAUAGUGGGUUUUUUUUUUUUAAAGACCCAAUAUCAUCAGUGUCCAAAUACAGAGUAGAGCAUAGUCAGUCCCACAUUUUUCCAUUUAUGUCUUUAGAGAUUUAUAAUGGUCAGAACAAACAUGCCGAUUCAGAUUUGAUUUCAAAAUGAAUGCAGUUGUUCAAAGUAUUUGGCUGACAGUGGGUUGUCUGGGGCUUAUAGCAUGAGCUACCAGCAAGUCUCUCUGUUCUUGAUGUAACAAUUGCAUUUUUUUUUUAAGUACACUGAAUGUAGGGAAAUCCAAUUUUAAAAAAAAAUUGCUAAAUGGCUUAGUGUAUUACUGGUCUUAGAGGGAGGGGGAAUUAAAAUUCAGUGAAGUUUAUCUGAGCAUUUACUCCAAUGAGUUAGUGCUUUGUAAUGACAUCAUAUUCUACUGAAAUAUAUUGGGAGCUAGAUGUUGAUAUUUUAGCUCUACUUGUUUAGAAUAGCUUGAAAUGUACUGAUUCACUGUCCUUGCACUGAAUAUGUAAACACUCCAGUGUUCUUAUUGGGAACAGCAGUGGGCAAUAUUAGAAAUUUUCAAAAGGAAUUGUGGUGUUAGUUUAUUUUGUAGACUCCUGCUCCAUGACUUUAAAAAGUUUGAGAGAUAACUUUAAAAGUUGAGAGGUAACUAAUGGAAGAGUAGACAAUAUUUUUUCUGCCUAUUCACUUCUAUCUCCUUUCAUGUUAUCUUGCUAGGUCAAAGUGGCCAUAAAUGUAGCAAUGAAGUCCAGUGCAAAUAAACCUUUGUUUAGUAAGGGCCUGAAAGCAUGUUUACAGGUAUCUACUUGAAGCAAAAGUAUGGGACCAUUGCACUUCCAACUGUAUUUUCAGAACAUACUAUGUGCCUCUGGUUGAGUUUUGGUAAUUUUCUUCCACCUGGGCUAUUGAAACUUAAGUUGACCCUGCAUUAUUUUGAUUCUUUAAAAGAGACAUCUUUGUGCACCUACAUGACCAGGAAGUUUUCAGGACUUGUCCCACUACUCCAUAUUAUUUAACAAGUGUUUUUGCAAAUAGUGGCUCUUCCUGGUUUUUCUCUCUACUCUCCCAGUGUAAGGUGAGGCCUGCUACUUCAGUAUCUGACAGCUGGAUGACCAGCAGCACUUUGCACAGCAGCUCAACAAGAGGCAACAAUAUUUAGUUAUUUUACACUCCAGUGUCUGAUUCAUUAAUGUGCAAAUUUCUGUCCUCCAACAGAUGUGCUCCUCAGUUUCUCCCAUUCACAGAAAAAGUGCUAUUUUCCAUUUGUCAAGCUACUAAAUGGUGUUGCAUUAAAGCUACAUGUUAAUCUCUUCUGCUUUUGACUAAGCUUCUUUACCUUCAUUGUGCAUGUUUUCUCCUUUAGUGUGCACUACUUUGAGGGGGAAAGGGUGUUUUAAAGUCAGUCUUCCCCUUAAUUUCCAAAACACACUGGGAAAGUUAAUAUAGCUCUCAACUCAACAGGAAGUAUUAGGAACUGUCUUAAAGUUUUUAUUUUUAUGUAGCUAGAAUUUGGGUUCAGGAAAGGAAGCUUGGGAGCCUGAACAGCAAAACAAAGAAAAAAACAUGCUUGUUUAGUCUUGUUGGUUAGAUCAUAGAAUUCAAAAUAUUUUCCAAUUGUUAAUUUGUAGGUUGUAGGAUUUAGGGGGCCAGUUAUGACUUUUUUUUCCCAAAAAGUAACCAUUGUUAAUUCAAACCAGAUAUUAGACUCCAGUUUUAGUUUCUGAUACUAGGAGUACAAAACUAUGCCAAAAGGAAACUUUCUAUGAAUGGAGGGGUUUUUUAUGUUGCUGUACUAAGGGGAGGGGGGAAUGCAUAUAGAUGCAGUAAAAAUGAUUUUCAUUACUGGCUCUCAUUUGGUUUUAUCUUUAAAUCAAGGAAAUGGAGACCAUUUCCAGCAAAUUAAUAGGAACUCUGCCCUGAGAUGUAUCUUGACCUUAGAAAGAUUGGAGAACAAGGAUGGUGUUAUUGACAAAGGUGGUGGUCAUUGCAAUGUAUGUUCUUUCUUAUGCCUCUACUUAGGGCAGUAAAUAGGGUGCUCUUAGCCAGUGACUUUAUUUUAUUUGACUUGAUUUGGGCCCACACAAUCUCAAGCCAGUAUUGCCUCCAUGAAUCCUUGAGAGCAGUUUCCUUGUAUUGCUAAACAGGAACUGUUCUCUCAGCAACCACUCCCAUGUCUGUUGUGGAAGGAUAAUUAUAGAUGCAAUAUGCAUAUAUAACUAUAUUGGAUAAGUUAUAAUGUAAGUUUACUCUAAUAAAGAAAAUUUAAAUCAA